UAUUCGCAGGAAGUGGCGUCAGAGAGAUAUGCGGAACUAGCCGAGCUGGCCCGUCUGGCUCGAGGACCUGCGCGCGGUGGUUGUUUCGCUGUAUCCGUCUCUACGGAGGCCGAUGUUUUGCUGGUGGCCGCUCGACUUCUCCACAUCGGACGCAGAAACUCACGUACUCUCGUAGCCACCGAGCCACAGCAUUAGGGAGCGGGCGCUUGGCUGCACUCACGACACCAUGGACUCCGCUAGUCAAGACAUUAACCUCAACUCUCCCAACAAAGGCCUGGGGUCGGACCUUCCAGCUCAGGGAGCUGCCGGUACUGCCCCCAGUAACGCCACCAGCACUCUGCCACCGGGCAUGACAGAAGAAGAGGCACAGGAACUGCGGACUGAGCUUGCGAAGGUGGAGGAGGAGAUCCACACCUUACGGCAAGUGCUGUCCGCCAAGGAGAGGCACGCGGCCGACCUGAAGCGGAAACUGGGCCUGAAUCCGCUCAAUGAGCUCAAGCAGAACAUCAGCAAGAGCUGGCAGGACGUCCAGGCCUCCAACGCCUAUGUGAAAACCGCAGAGAAACUCGCCAAGUGGAACGAGGCGUUUACCGGCUCCCACUUAUAUCUCUCAGCGUCGGCCACUUUGGAGGACAUUAGCCAAUCAGAAGCGUACAAGAAGACUCAGGAAACUCUGUCUCAGGCCGGCCAGAAGACCUCCGCCGCCCUGUCCACCGUGGGCACUGCCAUCAGCAGGAGACUGGGGGACAUGAGAGCCCUGCCUUUCUCACACUCGCUUAGCGGUUACUCCAUACGCCACUCGAUAAGUAUGCCGGCGAUGAGGAACUCCCCAACCUUCAAGUCAUUCGAGGACAAAGUUGGCAACAUAAAGGUAGGAUUUGUCACAUGACAGACAGGCUGUUAGAGGUUAACAUUCCUCCCAGACCUCGAAGUGGGAUUGGUCACAUGCCUUUGCUUGUUUAUAUCUCUGUGCAAUACUAAUGCGUCUGUCUCACUCUCCAUGCCGGUGUGCAGUAACUAAUGCGUCUGUCUCUCUCUCCAUGCCGGUGUGCAGUAACUAAUGCGUCUGUCUCUCUCUCCAUGCCGGUGUGCAGUAACUAAUGCGUCUCUCUCUCUCCAUGCCAGUGUGCAGUAACUA